CAUAUCUCAUAAAUAAUUACAUCCAAUCCAUGGCUUCUGCUAGGUUUAUCGUGUGUCUGAUGUUGAUCAUCUUAUCAGUUUCUGCUCACAAUAAUAUUGAAGAAGAAGAAGAAGAAAAAGAAACAUACAUUGUUCACAUGGACCUAACAUCCAUGCCCAUGGCCUUCUCUACACAUCACACCUGGUACUUGGCCACAAUUUCUAACUCCAUUUACCAAACUGAGUCAAUAGAAUUAUUACAAGAAGUUGAAUCAAACGUCCUUCUCUACAGCUAUACCAAUUCCAUCAAUGGUUUCAGUGCUAUUCUUUCUCAAACCCAUCUCCAAUUCUUAAAGAACUCCCCUGGUUAUGUCUCUCACAUGAAGGACCUCCCAGUUAAACUCGACACAACCCACUCCCCCGACUUUCUCCGACUCAAUAAUCACAACCCCACCACUAUUUGGCCCCUAUCCGACUAUGGCCAGGACAUUGUCAUUGGAUUCAUCGACACUGGUAUCUGGCCCGAAAGUAAAAGCUUUCAUGACCAAAACAUGACUAAAAUCCCCUCAACGUGGAAAGGAGAAUGCGAAAACACCAUUAUCUGCAAUAACAAACUAGUCGGGGCUCGUUUCUUUAACAAAGGGUUACUUUCCCAUUUCUCUAAAAAUCUCACUGCCCAUUCUAAAAAUUCCACCCGAGACACCGUCGGCCACGGUACCCACACUUCGUCCACCGCCGCUGGAAACUUAGUCCCUGACGCGUCAUACUUCGGCUACGCGAAUGGAACCGCGCGGGGAACUGCCCCACGGGCUCGUGUCGCCAUGUACAAGGCACUCUGGGAAGCGGGUGCGUACAUGUCUGACAUUAUCGCCGCCAUAGACUCUGCAAUUCAGGACGGAGUUGACGUUAUCUCUCUGUCUCUAGGACUGAACGGGGUUCCCCUCUACAAAGAUCCUGUUGCUAUGGCCACGUUCGCCGCUAUUGAGAAAGGGAUUUUCGUUUCCACUUCGGCAGGGAACGAUGGUCCGUAUCUUUUCAGUCUACAUAACGGUAUCCCAUGGGUUUUAACCGUUGGGGCGGGAACAUUAGAUCGUGAAUUCCUCGGGAGUGUCGUGUUGGGAAAUGGAAAUUCUAUCAUUGGCUCGACUCUCUACCCGGGGGAGAUCAAUUGGCCUCUCAAUUAUUCCGUGCCGAUUGUUUUCAUGGAGCUAUGCGACGAUGUAAAUGAAUUGAAGAGACUCAAGGGGAGAAUCGUCGUUUGUCACGACAAGACUGGUGCGGAUGUGUUGGAUCAAGUCGACAACGUUCAGAACUCAGGUGUUGUUGCCGGGGCCAUUUUUAUAACGAACAAUACGGACUUGGAGGCGUACCUUAUGAGCACGUUUCCGACUCUCUUUGUGAGCCCUCGACACGGACAAACAAUACUAGAUUACAUCAUUAAGAAGAAGAAUAAGAAGAAAACAUGGGCAAGAAUGGAAUUUCACAAGACGACCCUAAUUGGGACCAAGCCUGCACCGAGAGUGACUAGCUACAGCUCGAGAGGUCCAUCGGAAAGCUGCCCGUUUGUGUUGAAGCCCGAUCUUAUAGCUCCGGGAGCUCAAAUAUUGGCUUCAUGGCCUGAUGAUAUCGUUGCAGCAACAACCAAUUCUGAUCAACUAUUUUCGAAGUUCAACAUGUUGUCCGGGACAUCCAUGUCUUGCCCACACGUUUCUGGGGUGGCGGCACUUCUAAAGGAUGUUCAUCCAACGUGGAGCCCUGCAGCCAUCCGAUCGGCCAUGAUGACAACAUCGUACACGAUGGAUAACGAUUUCAAUUAUGUGGAAGAUCUCGGGAACGAAAAUAGAGCCGCCACUCCCCUGGAUAUUGGGUCGGGUCAUAUUGAUCCCAAUAGGGCCAUCGACCCGGGGCUAAUUUAUGAUGUGGGGACAGAAGACUAUAUAAAUCUUCUUUGUGGGUUGAACUAUACUCGAAAGCAAAUCCAAACAAUAACGAGGAGGUCCUAUGAGUGCUCCUCCGGGUCAUUGGAUCUGAAUUAUCCAUCGUUUAUUGCAUAUUUUAACAAAAAUGACUCUAGUAAUAGUAAUGAUCGUAUGGUUCAAGAAUUUGAAAGGUUGGUUACUAAUGUUGGGGAGGGAAAGGCAACUUAUGUGGCGAAAGUGAGCCCAAUGUGGGGCGGGAAGUUGGAGGUGAGUGUAAGGCCAGAGACGUUGGUUUUUAAGGAGAAGAAUGAGAAGCAAAAGUAUGUGUUGAAGAUUGUUGGUCCUAGAAUGAUGAAAGAAAUGAUUUUGCAUGGUUCGUUGACUUGGAUAGAAACCACUAAGAUAGAAGAAGGUGAUGGUAAUAUUCGUAACCGGCACAUUGUGAGAAGUCCAAUUGUGGUAACGAGUUUAAGCUCGCAGGCACUAAUUUGAAUGAACUAUGGAAGUGUUGGAUUUGAUGAUUGAAUGAUCAAUAUUAUUGCUUACAAAUU